ACCAACACGGGGGGGCGUAUCAGAUUGAAAUAAAUCGCUAAAAUAAAUGCAAAAUAUUUGCUAUACAUUCAUCGUCUUGUGGUUAUUGUUCAAAGAACAAGUUUAAUAUUAUCAUCCGACAAGAAACUCUUCUGUAUGUUUUUAUUACAUCGGCUUUUUUGUGCGCUAUAAUCAUUAGAGCAUAAAGAAUUAUUAAACUGCUGUAAACAAGAAUAUUUUUGUUUAAAAUCGAUUAGUGUCUGAUAAGUUAUAUUGUGUACCAGACAAAUGAGUCUGAAGUGAUUGAUGUUGUCACUCUUAAGUAGCGGUGCAGCGAAAAAAUGGCUGAUUUAAUACGUGCCGUGGGGGCGCCGAACGGACCCCCUGUAAUGCUAGGAUCGCCGUCAACGGAGUCUGAGGACGGUGGCGGCGAUCUGGCAGAGCUGGCAGCAGACCUUGAGCUGGAUGAGGCAGAUGGACCAAGUACUAAUGGUGAACGGCAAGCGGUGCUAGCUCCACCUGAAACAGAAUGGUACCAUGGUCGCCUAGAUCGGUACACCUCCGAGGAGCGGCUGUAUGCUGCCGGCAAGCAAGGCAGCUAUUUAGUUCGUGAAAGCGAUCGCAAGCCGGGCUCGUACGUGCUCAGUUACUUGGGCCGCACUGGUAUAAAUCACUUCAGAAUAACAGCUGUAUGCGGCGACUAUUACAUCGGAGGUCGCCAGUUCGACUCCCUGACGGAGCUGGUGGGGUUCUACAGCCACUGCUCGGACCUGCUGAAGCGAGAGCGCCUGGUGGAGCCCGUGGCACCGCCGGAGCCCGUCAACGAUAAAAAGAGAGUGGUGGCAAUUUUGCCCUACACGAAGAUGCCUGAUACUGACGAGCUCACCUUCCAAAAGGGUGACAUUUUCUUUGUGCACAACGACAUGGGCGACGGGUGGCUCUGGGUCACGGCUCAUAGGACUGGGGAGCAAGGAAUGAUCUUCAGAGAGCUGGUUGAAGACCUGGACCCCUCUAUAGAUCCAAACACUGUGUUCUCCUGGUUCCACCCCAACUGCACUAAGAGUGAAGCGGUAGACAUGCUUGUGAAAGCCGGCCCGGGGAGUUUCCUCGUCAGGCCUUCCGACAACUCCCCCGGAGACUAUUCCCUGUUCUUCCACAUUAACAAUCAGAUACAGAGGUUCAGGAUUGAGAAGAAGGGGGUGCGGUAUCUGAUGGGAGGAAGGACGUUUGAGUGUUUGGACGCGGUCAUCAAUAGGUACAGGAGAGAGCAGAUUGUGGAAGGUCAUACUUUGGGACAACCACUAAUCGCCGAAGGCCACGUGAUCGAGCCGCAGCAGACAACAACCGGCGCGGCGGCCGAGAAGAUAUACGCGACGCUGCGCGAGUGCCGCGACCAGAUCGGCCUCAAGAAGAUGAAGGGCAUCAAGCACCAGGGCUACCUCAACAAGAAGUCAGAUAAGGGCGCUAAAAAGUGGAAGGCACUGUACUUCGUGCUGCUGCAAGAGGGCACCGACACGCAUCUGUAUUUCUACGACUCGCCGAAGCGAACCAAGCCGAAGGGGCUGAUCGAUCUGUCGUGCGCGUAUCUGUACCAGGUGCACGAGUCUCUCUGGGACCGUGCGUUCUGCUUCCAACUGGUGGAGCGGGCGCUGCCGUGUCUGUCCACGCACACGUUCCUCGCGGCCAACAGCGCGGCCGACGAGCGCGCGUGGCUCGACGCGCUGCGCCCGCUGUGCGUGCAGCAGGCGCGCCACCAGUGCAAGGUGGCGCGCGUGGUGUGGCUGCGCUUGCUGCGCGUGCGCUGCCUGACGGCGCACCGGCUGCCGGCGCGCCUGGCGCCGCGGCCGCACCUGCGCCUGGCGCUCGGCGCGGCGCCCGUCGCGCGCACCCGCCCCCGCCCCUCGCCCGACCCGCACUGGGACGACGAGUUCGUCUUCGAUGACGUGCCUCCAGAUGUGACAUCAUUCACGAUCACUGUUCACAAUACGGGAAAGAGAGGAAAAGAAUCCGAGGUAGCGGAGCUAACCAUUGAACUGGCAAACUUAGCCAAUGGAGAGGAAAUCGAAGAGUGGUAUCCCCUGGCAGGAAUGACUCCUAUUGGCGAAUGGGGCUCUCUGAGGCUACGUAUUAGGUACAUGCAAGAACUGGUGAUGCCACGCGAGGAGUACAACCCGUUGCGUCAAUUGCUAUUAGAGCCCGGCUUGCCUGCUGUCAAGGCCCUAGCUGAUCUAUGCCGCACGGACCGACAGCCGCUCGCUACAUCGCUCCUGCACGCGUUCACGGAGUGCGGGCGCGGCGCGGAGCUGGCUCGCGAGCUGGCGGGCGCGGAGGUGGCGCGGGAGAGCGACCACCGCACCAUGUUCCGCGGCACUUCGCUCGCCACCGCCGUCGCCGACGAGUUCAUGCGCGCGCAGUGCAAGCCCUUCCUGCAGGCAGCUAUAUCAGAAACAGUUCAGAAGUUAACCAAUGAAACCAAGCAGUCCGCAGAACUAAAUCCCACUAAAAUGGACUCACCAGAAGACGCGUGUGCCAACGCAGAAUACCUCCUUCAGGUUCUGGAUCAGAUAACACACUCAAUAUUCAUGUCGCACGAAACAUGCCCACGGCCCGUGCGCUACCUAUGUGGAUGUCUGCAGCGUGCUGCGAUGUCCAAGUGGCCCAAUGAGAGAUUCGUGCGCACCCGGGUUGUAUCAGGGUUCAUCUUCCUGCGGCUGAUCUGCCGCGCGCUGGUGGAGCCGCGCGCUUGGGGGCUGGUGGCGGCGGCGCCGUCGCCGCACGCGCAACGGUCACUAGUCAUGGUCGCCAAGUGCCUGCAGAACCUGGCCAACCUCGUCGAGUUCGGGGCUAAGGAACCAUACAUGGAAGUAGUAAAUCCCUUCAUACUGAAGAAUAAGGAGCGAAUGGUCGUGUUUCUCGACCAGCUGAGUAACAUGCAGGAGCCUGGAAACGGGCCGCCUAACUCCAAUAACAACCUUGAUAUCGCUAAAGAGCUAGCGACGCUGCACCACAUCUGCGUGUCACACCUGGCGGAGCUGCAGACGCUGGCCAAGACGCAGCCGGCCAUCAGGAAGCUGGUCACCGUCACCGAGAUGCUCACCAAGCAUAAGCACAAGUACUUGGAGAUGAUCAGAUAGGACGCGUCACGUGACACAGGGUAAACACUACAAGGCCGAAGAAUCACACGGCAUCUCCGGAAAUACUAAGCCGACUAAAGACGUAGGCAUUAGGUUUAGCGUUUAGUUUGCGAGUCUGCAUUCAAAGUUACGUUCGUGCGUUCUCGUGCCAAACUUUUGUAAUCAUAUUUAUGAUCAAUUCUGGUGCCUUUUUCAUAAACCACAAGCCUUGUAAGCGUUUUAAAUUGUUAUUUAUAUGGCAUGACGCACUAAAUGUUAUUUUAUGAAGUGGGCACCGGGAUGCGCGUAAUUUCUUAGCUGAUAUGAUUAGUUUAAGCUGGCCAGGCGAAACAGUGUAACAUGUAGGCACUGUAGCCUAAAUACAGGGCUGAGAAGUUGGCAUUCUUUAAAUUGGUUAAGAAUAAUGAGCGGCUUAUAGAUACUUGAAGUUAUGAUAUUUAGAGAUAUGUUUUUUUUUCGAUUGCUGCUUGCUAAAGUAUUUAUUUUUUACCCUGAACGCAAAAAAGAGGGGUGUUAUAAGUUUGACGCCAACGUCUGUCUGUGGCAUCUUAGCUCUCUAACGGAUGGACCGAUUUCAAUGCGUGUUUUUUUACGUGAAAGCGAGUUUCUCUGCGGUGGUUCUUACAAGAAACUAUCUAUCCGCCCCGGCUUUGCACGGGUUACACAACACCUUAGCAAAUUAUACAACUAAACCUUUUUCAAGAAUCACUCUAUUUAUAGGUGAAAACCGCAUGAAAAUCCGUUAAAUAGUUUUAGAGUUUAUCGCGAAAAUACAUACACACAGACAGACGGGGUGGGGGGACUGUUUUAUAAGGUGUAGUGAUAUCAGCUCUUUACCAAAAUGAUGUAAGGUAUUUUUGUGCGUGGGUUUUUUUAUUUUUUAUUUAAUAGUUAUUCUCAUGAACAGUAUGAACACAUGAUUCUAAAACUAUGUCGUAAUAUUUAUUUGUUUUCUUUACGAAAAUACCUUUCGUUAACAAUAUGAAUGUUAGCAAAAUCCAUGUUUUAGACUACCUACGUAUAAACUAGGCUUUAAAAAGGGUGCUUUCAAAGAUAAUUGAUUGUAAUAGAGGUAAAGUUUAAAAAAAACACGUGCCCCUUAGUUUGACAUCCAAAACAGAUGGCGCUGUACUGCGCCAUAUGUUUUGCUGCCACUGAAUAGUCGAACUUCAACUUUUGACAAUCAGAAUUACCUCAAAAUGUAUGGAGCUGUACCUCGUUAUCUGUCAAAUUCGAAGCAUGAAAUUGUCUUAGAUUUUACCAUAGAGUAACCUAUACUAGAGCGGUACUGUCAUAGUAAAUUUUGUAACCCCAGUAAAUUCACUGCCAUCUGUCGACACACUUUAAAACUAAAAAUAAAUAUUUAUAAAAAUACGAUAAAAUGUAUUUAAAUAUGGAUAAAUGAUUUUUUUAUUUGCAUUAAUUAUUUUUAUAUGUUUUUGACCCAUGUUCUUUCACUGGUAUGCGUUAAAAUUAUAAAUAACAAACGAAACAGUCAACGCCCUCUAUACGAGUGUAGGCCAAAACUAGUGGCGCCAUCUGAUCGAGAAUCAAAUUUUCGUGAUUUUCGAGGCACGUUUUUUCCUUAGACUGUAUCCAUCUAUUACGGAGUUGAUUUUACGCAUCUCACUCAAUCAAUGUAUCUUUGGUGCUUUUAAUAGGGUAUUUGACCGUAUUUAAAAUAUAUGAUUUCACACCAUGCAUGAAAUAAAGCACCAGAUAAUUAUUAUAGAAAAACAUAGAUAGCAGUUUUUUUUAAACACAAGUUCUAUUUAAUAAAUCGAAUAGAAAUAUUAAAAGUGGGUGAGUUGACCGUGACGUCAUUGUGUAAAGUUUCAUAUAAAUUCCAUAUUAGCAAAUCGUUUUGACAGUUCUAAAAAAGAAACUGAUUUGACUAGUAGGAGAAUACCCUAUCGGUGUUAAAGCCAAGCCAAAAAAAAGGUAUGUUCAUAGGGCGAUAAAUAGUUUCGUCUUAUUUAGGCAAACGAAUGCUCUCUAGGUUUUAUAUUUAACGCGUAUUUAUUGGUAGCCGCGUAAUGAAUUAUUGUAGUUAAGUUCAAUAAUCUCCCUAAUGGACGGUGGCGGUUAAUAAAGGUAAAUGUAUUAUUGUACUUGUGUUAUUGAAUUUCGGAGAAUUUUGUUUGCGAUGAAAGCCAAAUAAAUUGCCAGUAAUAAAAAAGACUGUUGAUGUGUGAACGACGUGGCGUUCUCCCGAAAUACUCUUGAAAAUGUCUGUAAAUGGAGUCACAGAGAGUUGUUUCACUCCAACUAGCUCACUCACAUAGUAGACUCCAUGUACAAACAUGUUCUAGAGUAUUUCAGGAGAACACCACUUCACUGGAAAAGUUUCCAGUAUAGGGUGUUACAAAAACAUUCGCUUACAAUAUAAUGCGAGGAAUGCAUUAUAGUAUGGAAACUACCUUUUAUGUAAAUUACACGUAUUUGCUGGUGUAAGACUCUUAUUUCAGUAACACAAGUAUAAUAUUGAUAUUAAAUCCGCCAUGAACAAUCGAAUUAUAUUAAUUUUAUAUUUUUAAUAAAUUAUAUUGGAAUUGCUUUAAAAUAAUUUACAUAAUAAAAAUAUUAAUUUUA